UGGCGGCGCCCAUGGUGCCUGCCCCGGCCGUGUUCACCUACAGGUGGGAAACGAAGCUUAGAGGAGCCGCGGGUGAGAGCCUCUGAGCGGAUAAAGCCCUGGUCGGGGCUCGACGGGACGAGAGACGAGGCCUGAUCUCCCCUCCCCCAGAUCCGGAGGCAGGAAGGGAAGGUACGGGUCGGGUUACGGGGUCCUGGAUUCUGGCGUUUCCAAGCGGCAAAGUCUCCGAGAUCCAGGUCUUGCGCCUCUGAGCCACGGGUCCUGGCUGGGAAUUCUGGACCCUUCCCCAGAAAAAUGCACAAGUACCCAUAGGGCCUUCGCACCUCCUGAGGCAUGGCGUGUGCGUGGCGGAGAGUGGGCUUUGGCGCCUGUCUCCUGAAAAGGCAGCUGAACCAUGGGCCCCGUGUCAUCGGAUGGGAAAAGGGACUAAUUCUAGGACUCAGCAGAAGUAUCUACAGCGCCACGGGAAAGUGGACCAAGGAGUACACACUGCAGACAAGAAAGGAUGUUGAGAAAUGGUGGCAUCAGCGGAUACGGGAACAGCCGUCCAGUCUUUCAGAAACGGACAAAUCAAAGCCCAAGUUUUACGUGCUCUCCAUGUUCCCUUACCCUUCUGGCAAGCUGCACAUGGGCCACGUCCGCGUCUACACCCUCAGCGACACCAUUGCGAGGUUCCAGAAGAUGAGAGGGAUGCAGGUCAUCAAUCCUAUGGGAUGGGAUGCAUUCGGAUUGCCUGCUGAGAACGCCGCGAUUGAGAGAAAUCUGCAUCCAGAAAGUUGGACACAGAGUAACAUUAAGCACAUGAGGAAACAGCUGGAUCACCUGGGCCUCUGGUUCAGCUGGGAUAGGGAAGUAACUACGUGUCUGCCAGACUACUACAGAUGGACUCAGUACCUCUUUAUUAAACUCUAUGAAGCUGGACUGGCCUAUCAAAAGGAGGCCUUGGUUAACUGGGACCCAGUGGACCAAACGGUGCUUGCCAACGAGCAGGUGGAUGAACACGGCUGUUCGUGGCGUUCCGGGGCAAAGGUGGAACAGAAGUACCUCCGACAGUGGUUUAUUAGAACAACUGCUUAUGCGAAGGCUAUGAAGGAUGCCUUGGCAGACCUUCCCGAAUGGUAUGGAAUUAAGGGCAUGCAAGCCCACUGGAUCGGAGACUGUGUGGGCUGCCACCUGGACUUCACGUUAAAGGUUGAUGGGCAAGCCACAGGAGAAAAGCUGACCGCCUACACGGCCUCCCCCGAGGCCAUUUAUGGUGCAUCCCACGUGGCCAUCUUCCCCAGCCACUGGCUCCUGCACGGGCACAGCGGCCUGAAGGAAGCCCUGCAGAAGGCGCUUGUCCCUGGCAGAGAUUGCCUCACACCUGUGAUGGCUGUGAACAUGCUCACCCAGCAGGAAGUCCCUGUGGUCAUCAUGGCCAGUGCUGACUUCGAAGGCUCUCUGGAUUCAAAAAUAGGAAUUCCCAGCACCAGCUCAGAGGACAGGAUGCUAGCCCACGCCCUGGGCCUACCCUACUCUGAAGUCAUUGAGACUUUGCCGGACGGCACAGAGAGACUGAGCCGCUCUGCUGAGUUCACAGGUAUGAGCCGGCAGGAUGCUUUCCUGGCCCUGACUCAGAAAGCCCGGGAGAAGAGAGUGGGAGGAGACGUGACAAGUGACAAACUGAAAGACUGGCUGAUCUCACGGCAGCGCUACUGGGGCACGCCGAUCCCCAUUGUCCACUGCCCGGCCUGCGGCCCCGUGCCUGUGCCCCUGGAAGACUUGCCUGUGACCUUGCCCAGCAUCACGGCCUUCACCGGCAAGGGUGGCUCCCCACUGGCCACGGCCACAGAGUGGGUGAACUGCUCCUGCCCCAGGUGCAAGGGAGCAGCCAGGAGAGAGACGGACACGAUGGAUACCUUUGUUGAUUCCGCGUGGUACUACUUCCGGUACACUGACCCUCAGAAUCUGCACAGCCCUUUCGAUGCGGCGUCGGCGGAUUACUGGAUGCCUGUGGAUUUGUACAUUGGAGGGAAAGAACAUGCUGUCAUGCACUUGUUCUAUGCACGAUUCUUCAGUCAUUUUUGCCACGACCAGAACAUGGUAAAACACAGAGAGCCCUUCCGAAAGCUGCUGGCCCAAGGCCUUAUCAAGGGUCAGACGUUCCGCCUGCCGUCUGGACAGUACCUGCAGAGGGAGGAAGUCGAUCUCACAGGUUCUGUGCCUGUGCACGCGAGGUCCAGAGCACAGGUGGAGGUGACAUGGGAGAAGAUGAGCAAGUCGAGACACAACGGCGUGGACCCGGAGGAGGUGGUGCAGCAGUACGGCCUCGACACCAUCCGGCUCUACCUCCUGUUCGCCGCCCCUCCCGAGAAGGACAUCUUGUGGGAUGUGAAGACCGACGCCCUCCCCGGGGUGCUGAGAUGGCAGCAGCGCCUGUGGGCCUUGGCCACCCGCUUCAUCGAGGCCAGGACUUCGGGGGAGGCGCCGCAGCCGCAGCUGCUGAGUCCGGAGCAGAGAGCCGAGGCCCGGAAGCUGUGGGAGUACAAGAACGCCGUCAUCUCUCAGGUGACCGGCCACUUCACAGAGGACCUCUCGCUGAAUUCUGCGGUUUCUCAGCUGAUGGGGCUCAGCGCUGCCCUCAUGCAAGCCUCGCAGAGCGUCGUGCAGCACAGCCCCGAGUUCGAGGACGCCCUGGGUGCCCUGGUGGUGAUGGCCGCCCCGAUGGCCCCGCACAUAGCCUCGGAGCUCUGGGCAGGCCUGGCGCUGGUGCCGACGAAGCUCUGUGCCCACUAUGCCUGGGACACGGACGUGCUGCUUCAGGCCUGGCCAACCGUGGACCUGCAGUUCCUGCAGCAGCCUGACGUCGUGCAGAUGGCGGUCCUGAUCAACAACAAAGCCUGCGGCAAAGUCCCUGUGCCCCAACAAGUGGCCCAGGACCAGGACAAAGUCCGUGAACUUGUUCUCCAAAGUGAGCUGGGUGCCAGGCUCCUGCAGGGGCGAAGCAUCAAGAAGGCCUUCCUCUCCCCCAGGACUGCUCUCAUCAGCUUCCUGGUGCAAGAGUGACGGCGGGGGCUGCAGCUACCACAGGGGCUUUAGCAGCCGCCUUCCCAGCCUGGGAGUGGGGAAGGAUUCUGCUGGCCUAGGGGAGGGAAGAGACCACAGUAUCUUCAAGACAGCUGGGCAGGGGCAGGAAGGAGAGAAGAGAAGCAAACAGGAAGCACAGUGCCCCUCCAGCCCCGCUUGGGAGCGUGAGGCUACGCUGAGGCACGAGGCAGGCUCAGGUGCGGUGCACCAGUCACCAAGCCUCGGGUGCAGCGGGAGGGGCUCCUGGCCUUCAGGCUGGACGAGAGAGCCAGUGGGCACGUGUUCACCGUCCACGUGUGGGACCGGACACUGGAUCUUCAGAAGCUGCUCAGAACCCACAAGCCAGAGGAGCCGCUCCCUCUGCGUGUGUCCCCACGUGGGCUCCUGGCACCGUUCCCGGUGGGAUGUGGCUGCCAGGCCUGACGCGAUGCCGACAGAGGAGCGUGGAGCACUACUUCAGAACGGGAAGGAGCAGCGUCGUAACCGCCUCCUGGCUGUGACACGUGCUGCAGUGAAAUGGAACCAGGCGGCAGGCUGCCGGUCCCCAGCACAGCCCCACACGGAGGCGAGCCCAGACGGCCCAUGUGGGCCCCAGACGGCAGUGACGCCAUCAUGGGCGCGGCUCCCAGAGACAGUCGUGAAGAAAGCGCAGUUUACCAGAGCGGCGCGGAUGCCACCCAGACAGUGCCUCCUGCGUCCCAGCCGCUGUGGUGUGGUUACGGCGGACACGGCCCGGAGCGGACCCACAUCAGCCGUGUCCGGGCUGGUCCUGGGCUUCUGUGAAGUCAGCAGUGGCUGCUCUCCCCAGAACUGGCCCAAGCCACUGAUGAGUAGCUGACAGGGGAGGGGAGGGAGAAGCCAGCCACUCUGUGAUGCUGAAAACCUUUGUUCCUGCAGCAGCCUCAGAUGGGUCCCCGCGGCCCAGCACUUAACGGAUGGCUGGAGAGCAGUCAGUGUUUAUCACCUGUGACGCCGGGCCCCGUGUGUGAUCUGGGAUAAAGGCGUUCAUCAGGAGCAGCCUGAGGUAGUCCAUCAUCGCAGACAGCGCUGGCCGGGUGCCAGGCUCCCUGUGGCGCACAUGGCCCUCGCUCCGGAGCUUCCUCCAUGCUAGCUGGCAGUGGUUGAGCCGUACCAGCGAUGAGCUCAGUGGUUCCCAGACUUGGCUCAAACGUUCUGUGUGUGGUCCCCACGCCCAGAAAUUCGAAUGUAAUUGGUCUGGCAUGUGGCUUGGGCAUCAGGGAAUCUUGGGAACUCCACAGGAGGGGCCAGUGUUGUGGCGCAGUGGGUUAAGCUGCCACUCGGGACACUGGCAUCCCACAUCAGAGGCCACUUCAAAGCCCAGCUGUAGCUCCCUGCUGACGCGCUGGGAGGGCAGCGAGGGUGGCCCAGAGGCUUGGGUCCCUGCUACCCACAGCCGAGGCUCGGGUGCAAUUACUGAAUCCUGGCUCCAGCCUAGCCCAGACCUGGCCGUUGUGGCCAUUUAGGGGUAAACCAGCAGAUGGAAAAUCUCUUCCUCAUUCUCUAUCACUCUUUCAAAUAAAGAAACAAAUCUUUUAAGAAAAAAAAAUCCCCACAGGUAAUUCUAGGGUCAGUGACAUCUGAGAGCCACUGGGUUAACUGAUGUGUGACUAUUUCUAUGAUUCCUGUCUAGUCCUUUCUCUGUAAUCUUCACAAGUGGAUUAAGUUUUGUCCAGGACCAACUUAUGACAAAGGGGAAGGCAGAGGCCAGAAUUCCAGAGCGGCUGCUUCAGUCUUUAAUGAGCACCACCCCAGCGCAUGGAGUAGCAGAUGUGGAUGCAAUAAACGAACAUGAGGGCACGUGGUACAAGGAGGGAGGACCGUUUCUGCAUGGUUGUCUUGCUUUGUCCUAGGGGAAGCUGAGAGGUCUUGAACAAGAGGACAGGGGGGCCCAGAGCAGUGGGCCAGUAAAGCCUCAGGGCUGCUGGACUGACCAGCUGGCCGAUCCCAGUAUGACUUGGAAGAGUGUUUUUGCCAAGAGGAUAAAACUAAUAGAGCAGUUGGAGAGAAAACUGAUCAUUCCUUUGGGGUGGAGAACAGUCUCUGUGGCUGCUUUGACUAAGCCCAUCAAACUGGGCUCAGCGGGUUCACCUGUUUAUCUCAUUAUAAUGUCCAUGAAACUCCAGAGGGUACAAAUUACUCUCUCACGAAUGUGAAGAAACCUGAGCUCUGGGGCCGCUGUUGCACACAGCUGAGCUGUCGCUUGCAAUGCCGGCAUCUCCUAUCAGAGCGCCUGGCCCAGUCACGGCUGCUCCAAUUUCGAUCCAGCUCCCUGCUAAUGCACCUGGGAAAGCAGCCGCUGAUGGGCCAAGUGCUUGGACCCACAGGGAACUCUGGGCUCCUGGCUUCAACCUGGCGCAGCCCCAGCAGUUGCAGACAUUUGGGGAGUGGCCCAGCAGAUCAAAGAUCUCUCUCUCCCUAU